ACCGUCUCAUAGAAACUCUUCACCACUCUCAGAAGCGCUUCAGACGCGCACUUUCCGUAGACCACAUUGUUUCGUAGGAAGUUAUUGAACGCCUCCAACUUUGGUUUCGCAAACUUCAUUUAAAUUUGAUUGCUUUAUACUGGAUUCAGCUCACUAACUUUAUGCCGGUCGGCCAAGGAUUGUUUGUUUUACGACAGUUUAGCGCAGGUACAAUGACCGCGUUCUGCAGCAAACCGACUGAUUAAAGGGGUGAGAUCAGUUUUCUUCAGGGUUGCAGUGUUUGUACUGUGACCUGUUACUUUGGACACACGUAGUGAAGAGGACACAAACACUUUAACACCAUGGAUAUCGGCAAUGAUGUGGAUCUGUCCAAUAAAAACAUCACCCCGUUGUGGAAGCGCCGUACAGACAAUUGCAGAAAUCCUCAGGACCCGAGCAAACCCAAACCUCGACCCCUGAGUUACCACAUAAAUGGGGUCAUGACUACAGACCUCCCUGUGGAGGGCAAUACGUCUUCCUUCACCUUGAGCCAGCCUGCAGAGAAACUGGUGGUCGCUCCCCCAUGCUGGGGUAAGAACACUGUGGUGUUGAAGCACGUUCUCAACAAACCCUCCAGGAAAUCCAGAGUUGUUCGCAGCAUCAGCAUCGGACACUUCUCCAACGGACUCUUCUCAUUGUCCAGAUUUAGGUCUGAGGAUAGCAGAUCUGCUUCAUUGGACAAUAGAGUGUAUAAUGGAGGCUUCGACAGGGUGGACACCAGUAAUGGACGGACAGUGUGGCCUGAAAAGCUUCUUCAAGAUGCCCAGAAACGUACAUCCAGUCCAUUCAGUCUCAGCUCAGAGAAAGACCAAAUAGCAUUUGGGACAAGUUCACCUUCACCUCAAGCUGUUUCUCUUAACCCUUCCUCUCCUGUCUUGUCUCCACGCACUCCUGACAACAACAAUUAUGCCCACCAUGAACUCUCCUUCCUUUCAUCUGCAUCCAGCCCCUCUCCUCCAGCCCAGCGCACCCCCACCCCUUCCCACAGCUCCACCUCCAGCAUCCCCUCCCUCUCAUCCCUCACCUCCUCAGACCCCCCAACCCCACGCUCCACUUCACCAGCAGACAGAGGACAGGCACCCCUCAGACAGUCCUCAUCAUCGCCUGCCUCCUCACGGGUCUCCCGGCAUACCUCUUCCUCUUCUUCCAUCUCCUCCACCUCACUCUCUCCUUCACUUUCCCCAUCUAUCUCUCCCUCUCCCUCCAUCGUCCUCAGCACCCACAGCCCUGCUGCCCUAAAGAUGGGCACCCAGCAGCUCAUUCCCAAAGGUUUAGCAUCAGACAUUCGGCAGAACAGGGUGCCUUCUUCUGGGCCACACGGCCAAGGUUUGGCAGGUCUGCUGGGGUUGGAUCAUUCAAAGAGAGCGUUGAAAGCCCGCAGCAUGGUGGAAACAGGAUCCUACUUUUCUACAGGAGGUGGCCUCACCGAUGGGACAGAUGUGGAAAAUGAGAGCCCAGGGGCCCUGAGAAGAGGCCUGAGGAGUACGUCCUAUAGGAGGGCUGUUGUGAGUGGAGUAGACUUAGAGGUCCCAUCAGUAGAUCCAAAAGCCCAUCGAUUGUCGCAGCCUGUCAUCAAAGGGCUAGAUGGAGAUAAAACAGAUUCACCAGUCAGCCCAGAAAGUCCUGGAAGUAUAAGCCUCCCUAGCCCUGGAACAGUCAAGUCUGCAAGCCCGAGAACACCCAAACUUGCCAGCCCCAGGAUUUCGAAGCCGAGCAGCCCAGGGACAGAAAAGUCUACCAGCACUGAGAAAAUCAAGAGUCCAAAUAAGAAGAAAUUUUUGACCAGUCAGCGGACCUUUGACAGUGAGGAGGAGGAGCUUUAUCAGAACUACCAGGAGAAGGCCUUACAUAAUGACUCGGACGAGGAUGCCGAUUCCAGAGAACCCAAACCCGAUAAUGGCAUUGUGGUGCAGUACAGACCUAUACGCACAUCUUGGAGCCAGCUCAGUGUGGUAAAGAAAAGCGGUCUGUCUGAGCGGAUGAGUCAGGAAGACCGCAAAAGACAAGAGGCCAUUUUUGAGGUGAUCUCGUCAGAACACUCUUACCUGCACAGUCUUGAGAUCCUGAUUCGCAUGUUCAAGAACUCUGCAGAGCUCAGCGAGGCCAUGACCAAGACUGAGCACCACCACCUCUUCUCAAACAUCACCGACGUCUGUGAGGCUAGCAAAAAGUUCUUUAAGGAAUUGGAGGAAAGACAUCAGCAGAGCAUUGUGAUCGAUGACAUCAGCGACAUUGUUUGCAAGCAUGCUGAGUCUAACUUUGACCCUUACAUCACAUACUGUUCCAAUGAGGUCUACCAGCAGAGAACCCUGCAGAGGCUGGUGUCCAAGAAUCCAGUUUUUAAGGAGGUGUUGACCAGGAUAGAGGGCCACCCAGACUGCAGGAACCUCCCCAUGAUCUCUUUCCUCAUUCUGCCCAUGCAGAGGAUCACCCGCCUGCCUCUGCUCAUGGAUACAAUUUGUCAGAAGACACCUAAAGACUCGGCAAAAUAUGAAGAGUGUAAGAAGGCUUUACAAGGAAUGAGCAAGGUGGUAAGAAAGUGUAAUGAAGGAGCUCGCACAAUGGAGCGAACAGAAAUGAUGUACACCAUCAACUCUCAACUGGAGUUCAAGAUCAAGCCUUUCCCACUGGUCUCAUCCUCCAGGUGGAUGGUAAAGAGAGGAGAGCUGACUGCGUUUGUGGAGGACAACGGCAUCUUCAUCAAACGGAUAUCGCGGCAACAGGUCUACUUCUUGCUCUUCAAUGAUGUCUUCAUUGUCACGAGGAAGAAGAGCGAGGAGAGUUACACCGUGAUAGACUACGCUCUCAGAGACCAGAUCUGGGUGGACCCCUGCCAACCCGAGGAUCUCAACCUGUCACCCGUCAGAAGCCCCGGCAGCAUGCUGAGCUCACGGCAAGCUGGCGCCAACCAUCUUUUCAGUCUGUGUUUCCGUAGCAACCACUCUGGGGAAAAGGUGCCCAUGAUCCUGGGGACAGAGUUGCUGAAUGAGCGUGCUCGCUGGAUCAGUGCUCUGGGCCAGAAUGUCAACAAGAAGAAGGACAGAACAAACGCCAUGCAGGUGGAGGUGACCAGAACUUACACAGCCAAGCAGCCAGACGAGUUGUCUCUGCAGGUAGCUGACGUGGUGCUGGUCUCGCAGACAGUAGAGGACGGCUGGUAUGAAGGUGAGAGACUACGAGAUGGAGAGAGCGGCUGGUUCCUCGCCGAGUGUGCCCAACCGAUCACGUGCCAGGCCACCAUCGAGCGCAACAUGCAGAGGAUGAACCGCCUGCAGGGCCUGGAGACUAAUGUGUGAGCAGGAUGAACUGCAAGCUUAAACCACAGACGGCUUUUCUCAGCUGCUGAGGAGACCCUUUGACGCAGCAGUGACCCAGACCUGUGAGUUCAGUAACAGUGGGAUAAACGUGAAGACUUCUGCUCAGCGUCCACUAAAUAUCAGGCAUACUGUCUGAAUUUCACAGUGGAAGAACUGAAAUUUUCUUAAUUACCGAUUGGUCUCCCCGUGGGUGGGAUGGCAUGACAGUGGGAUCUGUCACAUUCAUUAAUCCCUGGUUGGGUAAAAAAAACUGAACACCCACUGCCAAGAGCCACAGCUUCGGCACCUUGCUACAGAACAACCGCUGGUGUGAAAUUUGUACAUUUUUUAAAUUUUUUUCCAAACCUAUUUUUUGAGAGUAAUUGACGUGCAGUGUAAUAACUGAGACCACAGGAGCAUUAUAGGAAGUGAGACAGACGCAGCCUGAUGUGCGCUCAGUUAAUGAGGCUCAGGCCAUGUGAUUAAGAGCUUCCCCAGUGACAGGGUAACUACGAAGAUGCUGAUGGUGAAAGUGAUAACAAGGCAAGAGAGGGGAUUUGGCAGCUUCGCUACAGCGCGUGGGUUGGUGCGGUUGCUCGUAUGAGUAGCAUCUGAAGGCAAGUGAAACUAUUACAAUGAUAUUUACAUGAAAAUGCAAUAAGGAAAAACAAUGAAUGUUUGUCUGAAGCCUGUAGCACUUUGUGUAAUUAGAAUAAGUCCUAAUUAAUUGUUUGAUAUAAAGAAUUACAGUCUGGAA